AUGCCCGUGCCUACAGAAGAACAUUUAACCGAAGACGAGUGGGAUACCAUAGACCAUCAGUUAAGUGACUACGAAGACGAUUUACAAGACAAGUCUUUAUUGGAAAGUGAGUGGAACAAAAUCUUAGACAAUUGGAACUGGUACUAUUGCGAACCAAACAACAGUUAUUUCAGGGAUUUUGAAGAUCAAUUGAAUUAUUACAGAAGAUUUCGAAAUAUUUGGAAACUGUUUGUAGUACUGCAAGAUAUUAGUGAUUGGAACUAUUUGAAGAUGACAACUCAAGAGAUUCUGUGCGAAGAUUUGGAGGAAGCGAGUCAAGUGCUUCAGUUACUGGAGUUGCAUUGGACAGAAGAGACAAGUAUUCUUUGCCUUCAUGUUCUAAUGCGAACCCUGAUAGCAACCGCAAUAGAAUUGAAGGAUUUGACGGCCAAGAAGAUGUGGGUAACAAUAGCGACAACAAUGAAGAAGAUCAUGAAAGUGAUGAAGAAACAGGACGUGCCUCUAAAUUCACCGAUUUCGUUCGAAAAGUUUACCGACUUAUUAAAAAACGAAGAGUUAUACAUGAAAUUAUACACUUUAAAAGCGAAGAAAACUGCUAUAGAUAUGUUAGAGAGUGCCUUAAAACGCGAUCAAUGGCAAACUUCGAACUGUUCUUUUGGCACAGAGACCACCUUCAUGUCGUCCACGACUGCUCCUUCUGCGAUUCCAAGUGCAAGUGUAGUCGAUACCAACAAUUGCGGAGCGACCGUCGAUUCUCUAGAAAAACUUUUUGGAAUUUCCGACUUCGAAUCGAAUACUGGAACAAUCUCUUGCUUUAUUCAGAAAAAGAAGAACGAUUCAUUAUUUUCCUUAAAUGUGGAAAGUCCAUCUGGGUUCGAAGUCGUGAAGUUGGAGGUUUAUCCCAGCACCGACAUCAUGGAUUUGCCCAAGCAGGAGUGGUGGAGGUAUGCGAAGACCAAAGCAAUCUUUGCAAUCCCUUCUCCUGUGGAUCCCCUGAAGAUGGCAGUAGAUCGCUUGACGGUGAUGGCGGGCAAAGCGCUAAAGGAAAAUCCACAAUGCAAAAUGGAAAGAAAGAAAACAAGUUCAUCGCGUGGCUUCGGGAACAACCGACAAGCCCCAUAUUGA